AUGGGAAUUGGUGAAAAGGUUAGUUUCUAUGAUAGGAGGUAUUGGAAAUAUUGCGAGUCUUAUGAUACGUGUUAUGUUCCGUUGUUGAUUAGUGAUAUCAAUUGUCGGAUUGACAGUUCCAAGAGGGUUUGUAAUGAUAUUUAUGGUGGAUUAAUUGGCGAUGUUUUAUUUUGGGGGAAUCGACCUUUGGUUAAGAUUUGUGUGAUUGGGUGUGUUAUUGGCUGGCGAUGGAAGUGGAUUCGUAAUGAAGAGUAUCUGAUUAUCAAGAUUGAUGAUAGCAGCGAUAAACAUGGGUUUUUGGAUUGCAAGUGCUCCAAAAGUGUGUUACUAAGUAGUGGGAUAGUCAUUAGUAAUGGAAUAGGGAUGACUUUGAAAUUGUUUGGGAAAGUUGGGCUCAGGUAUUGUGAGUUCAAUAUAACCUUCAUGGAGUACACUGAUGGAUUGGUGUCUGAAGUGAACCAUUGGCGAAGUUCAAUUCAACAGAGGGUUCUUUUACAGAACCCAUGGGAGUUUGACGGGUUGAAAUACCAGGAGGAAGAAGAAAAAGAAGGAGAAGUGGAAGAAAGGGAAGAAAACGUGACAACUUCACAUCCACGGAUCACUAAUAAUCAAAUUAUUGUAAGUUCAAGUCCAAUUGAACAAAAGAAUUUCAAUGACCCAUUGGAGAUCGCAAGUCCUUACAGAGAAAUAGAAGAAUCAAUGUAUGACAACGGAGAGAUUAGUGUCAUAAUGUUAGAUUCAACGGACCCGGUGGAAGUAGAAUCCGACGAGGACAACUUCAACGAACAAAACACGAAUCAAGCAGUGUUAAAAAUACUUUUGAAUGAACCUAAAGAUAGAAUUUCCACUGUACAAUUAUACCAACUACCUAAAUUCAUGUCAAUAAUAAAUCAAAUAAGCAUCAAUAGGAUUCGCAAAGAGAAUAUCUCCCACAAAGGUCUGGAAGAUAUCAAGAUAGAAGUAUUUUACAAGCUAUUAAAAACAUUUUCUAAAAAUGGAUUAAUCAAAUAUAUUGAUGAAACGGAAAUUGAUCUAUCCUUAUUACAUAAAAUUUAUAAAAAUUUCCAAAGACAAGUUUCGGUUCUGAUACUAUUGCGUUGUACCACAGGAAACAUAGAUUUGACCAAGUUAAAACAGUUGCCGGAUAUUAAUAGUUCCUCAAAUAUUGAGUUUGCUGACAUACUUCAAGAAUCAAUAGAGAAAAUUGCAAAAAGUUCGCCAAAUUUAUUAAAAAUUUGGCGGAUUAAAAAGAUAGACAAGAACAAUUACAAAUUGAACUUCGUCUACCAUCAAGAUAGAACCAGCAAUUAA